AGCCGAUCCGGAAAGAAGCGUUCCGCGCCUGUGGGUGCCAGGAACCACGUGGGGCUGGGGCGUGUUUCCGGUGCCGGCGUCCCCAGAAGGAGUUGCCGCCCGAGCCGCUGGAGGGGACCAUGGCCAACUGUGAACGCACCUUCAUUGCCAUCAAGCCUGAUGGGGUCCAGCGCAGCCUCGUGGGAGAAAUCAUCAAGCGUUUUGAGCAAAAGGGAUUCCGCCUCGUUGCUAUGAAAUUAAUUCAGGCUUCUGAAGAUCUUCUCAAGGAGCACUACAUCGACCUGAAGGACCGUCCCUUCUUUGCCGGCUUGGUCAAGUACAUGCAGUCAGGGCCCGUGGUUGCCAUGGUCUGGGAGGGCCUGAAUGUGGUGAAGACGGGCCGAGUGAUGCUCGGGGAGACCAACCCUGCAGACUCCAAGCCUGGGACCAUCCGUGGGGAUUUCUGCAUCCAAGUUGGCAGGAACAUUAUCCACGGCAGCGACUCUGUGGAGAGUGCGGAGAAGGAGAUUGGCUUGUGGUUCCAGCCUGAAGAGCUGGUGGAUUACAAGAGCUGUGCUCAGAGCUGGAUCUACGAGUGACCGGAGAGCAGACCUCCAUGCUUUGUUCAUUCCGUUCCCUCUCCCUCCCCUGAGCAGGGGGCCAGGCUCUCACAAAUCCACUUAAUUUGGAGACCUUCCUUCUAACCUGGAGGGCAUCUCCUGGAGCUGGGUGUGCUCACUGUACAGUAUUAUGUGCUGCUGUCUAAUUAAAAUAUUUCAUCCCAACAUAGGA